CCAACCAAAAUUAUUUUCUCAAACAGAACCCUCAUACACCAUCAACAUCAAAAAGGCUUCGCCAAUGUAAUCACGCCACGACAUUUUUUCCCUCACAAAAUUUACCGUUAAGAUAAUCUCCGCGGUGAGGAUUUUACUGGCGGUUUUUGGAAAAGAGUUUUCCCACGAGUGUAGAAUGUAAAAGACCCACCGAUAGCUGCUGUCAUUUCAAACUUGCACGCAAAGUUCUCUCCACUUCUAGAGCCUCCAACUCUUUUUUUCCUCUCGAUUUGAAGCUCUUUCUUCAUCAGUUUUGCAGGGAAUCACGGAUUGAAUUGUGAGAAACGAAUCACCAUAUCAUAAUGGCGAUGUUACUUUCGACCUCUGCUUCUUCUGUCAUUGUUGCUGUAUCAUCAUCAUCUUCUUCUUCUUCUUCAUCAUCGUCUUCAUCACCAAGUAGCAAACCUUUCAGAACCCUUCCUUUCAUGAUCUCCAGCAAUUCCCGGAAGCAUAAAAUUGUAGGAAGACCAGCAAGAUUUUCUCCUCUGAGAGUCGCUGCGCCUCCAACCACACCACCAACCUCAGAGCCAGAGCAGUCCUCACAAAUCGACCAGAAUCAACAACGCGAAGAAGAUGACGGCGUUGAGGAUGAGUUUGGUGAGGAGAGCUCGUCUUCCAAGUUCUCUUGGAGGGAUCAUUGGUACCCAGUUUCUCUGACUGAAGAUUUGGAUCCUGGAUUGCCGACCCCAUUUCAGCUUCUGGGUCGAGACCUUGUUCUCUGGAAUGACAAGUCUACUGGUCAAUGGGUUGCUUUCGAUGAUAAAUGUCCUCACCGGCUUGCCCCUUUAUCUGAAGGGCGGAUCGAUGAAGAUGGAAACUUGCAGUGUUCGUACCAUGGAUGGUCCUUUGAUGGAUGUGGAUCUUGUGUUAAGAUCCCUCAGGCUUCACCUGAAGGUCCUGAAGCUCGUGCCAUUAAAUCUCCCAGAGCAUGUGCUACCAGGUUUCCCACCAUGGUCUCUCAAGGUCUGCUAUUCGUUUGGCCAGAUGAAAAUGGUUGGGAAAGAGCUAAUGCCACCAAGCCUCCCAUGUUGCCUGAUGACUUUGGUAAACCUGAGUUUUCUUCAGUGACCAUUCAGCGAGAUCUCUUCUAUGGCUAUGAUACCCUCAUGGAAAAUGUCUCAGAUCCCUCCCAUAUUGAUUUUGCUCAUCACAAGGUUACAGGAAGGAGAGAUAGAGCCAAGCCUUUACCGUUUAAAUUGGAAUCUAGUGGCCCUUGGGGCUUUGCUGGAGCUAAUGAAGGGAAUCCACGGAUCAGCGCUGAGUUUGUUGCACCUUGUUAUUAUAUGAAUAAAAUAGAGAUAGACACAAAGCUUCCAUUUGUUGGUGAUCAAAAGUGGAUUAUCUGGAUUUGUUCCUUCAAUGUACCAAUGGCACCUGGGAAGACACGUUCUAUUGUCUGUAGUGCUAGAAACUUCUUCCAGUUCACAAUGCCAGGACCUGCUUGGUGGCAGAUUGUUCCUAGAUGGCAUGAACACUGGACUUCAAAUAAGGUAUAUGAUGGAGACAUGAUUGUCCUUCAGGGACAAGAGAAAAUCUUUCUUUCAGAGUCGAUGGAGGGCUCUACUGAUGUUAAUAAAGAGUACACAAAAAUCACAUUCACACCCACACAAGCAGAUCGGUUGGUCUUGGCAUUCCGAAAUUGGCUGAGGCGACACGGCAACAGCCAACCUGAGUGGUUUGGUAAAAGCAGCCAACAGCCUUUGCCAUCAACAGUUUUAUCAAAACGCCAGAUGUUAGACAGAUAUGACCAGCAUACCCUCAAGUGUUCAUCAUGUAAAGGAGCUUAUACAGCAUUCCAGACAUUACAAAAAGUUCUUAUUGGGGCGACAGUUGCUUUCUCUGCAACAGCUGGGAUUCCCUCAGAUAUGCAGUCAAGAAUAUUUUUGGCUGUGCUUGCACUUUUAAGUGCUGGUUUGGCUUAUGCUUUGAAUGAACUUGCAAAGAACUUUGUGUUUGUUGAUUAUGUGCAUGCUGAAAUUGACUAGAGAAAGAGAGAGAGAAACUGUUUUAGCGUUAGGAACUGGUUUUGGAUCCAUAGCAGUGCUGUUCAAUUGAAAAUGAUAUAGGCUGGUAAUCAAGAGUUGUAUAUAGGAAAAAUGAAAGAAGCAAUUAAUGAGAAAAAUAUUAACUAUUA